GCGCAACAGAAUUAGACACAACAGACGAAUCAGAGGGAUAUCGAGAAGUCUAAUGAUGGGAAUGAGGACUUUGUGUAUCAUGUUCUAGCUGCAGUCCCUGUUACCAAGCAGCAAAGCACAUUUCGUGGCUUGAAGCAGUGCGUCAUAUGUCACUCUGUUGUUUCGACUCAGUGCUUUAUGGUUAGCGGUUGACGCUUAACACUCCAACUUCCAACUCCACAGCAUCUUUCACUCAUUUCACUCUCUCUCCCUUUGCAUCAACACCGACAUCACGCUGCUUCGGCUGCUUCCUACACGUAAUAUCUAAUAUCCUUUGUCCGUUCGUUGUCUCCUGGUCUGUCAGACAGACCUCCGUCCACACUGCUGUCGUAUUGUUAAGCCUGCAUUCUAUGAAUAGCCCGGAGCUGCAUACUGACGACCUGUCCUAUUGAGCAUUGCGACAAGAAAUAUGUCGCGUCCAUGGCAGUUUGCGCAAGAUCAUCGCUCACCUCUUGAUCGCCGACAACAAGGUCCUCCUGGCGGCCCUCCACCCUCCUUUUCCACAAAUGUGAACCGCGCAAAGACAAAGAAAUGGGUGGAAGCAAAGUCCUUCUCGUAUGAUGGUGACGAUUGGGGCGAAUAUGACGAGCAGGACGAGUAUGGUGCUAGUGCGGCACCUCCUCCUGUGCCUCAGCAGCAGCAGAUGCCAUCGAAUGCUGCGAGAAACUUCACGGAUCCUCGAUCUGCCCCCUCGCAGGCAAUGGGACGAAAGAAUUCCUUCGACACCGGCGACGAGAGGCGCGCAUUCUCUGGACCACAUCCCCCUCAACAUCGCAUCGAUACCAGCGGACCUGCAAACAACUUGCGCCACGAAGAGAGCUUGAUGCAGAGUCCAGCCUCCAUGGCUUCUGCUUCGGGUCCUGCUUCUCAGCAGCAGUAUACUCGGAGUGGCCAGCAACAAAGCUAUCCAUCACAGCCGGCUGCCAGUCGCCAAUCGAGCGCCGCAAGCUGGAGCCACUCCGUCAUCUCCGAGACGCCGUCGGCGAAUAUGGAGCCUCAACGGAGACAAGAUUACAACCCAUCCGCCAUGCCACAGCCCCUACAGACACGGCCCUCUGUCGGCCCCGGAGAAUCGCCAGUCUCGAAAUUUCCGCCACGGAAGAGCAGUCUUGGCCAAGAUGAUGCUCCUUCAGACCUGCUGGGUUCAUUGGACGCGACGCCUACGGCACUGAAACAACGUACAGGCAGUGAGUCCAGCGGAACACCGAACCUCAUCCGCCCUGCAGAUAUAUACAAGAGGAUAGCAGAAGCGAGAGAAAAGGAGCGUGCUUCAAUGGAAUCUAGCCGCCCGAGUGUCGAUUCUCUCAGCAGCCGGCCGGCUGAAGAUAGUAGUCGAAGCGCGCGACCACUAGAGUCGGUCGCCGAAGGGAAGAGCGAAAACAUUGCACAACCUCCUGCGACCAGUGGAGCUCCACAAAUCCAGGCUCCACCAGCGACUUCAACAACUACGCCGGCCAAGCGGUUUAGUAACUCGCCAGCGUUGCCAGAGUUCUCCAGUACGUCAUUUGGCGAUGACUUCUGGUCACAAGCAGGAUAUUCUCCAGGCCCGGCUACCCCACCUGUUCAGAGACAGCUUUCCCGGAAACAGCCUGCGUCGUCUAGUAACAAUACAUCGUCGGAGAUCAAAGGUGUGGUCGACCAGGCAUUCACGCGCAAGGAUGACAAUUCUGUCCCACCAACACCCGUGUCCCGUCAACCGGGGUCGACUUCAGAGACUGGGUCGAGCGUAUCGCGCAGCAACACAGACAGUACGAGUGGUAUCAGUCCAAUCAUGAGUCGGGUUCCCAGCUCCGCAGCAGCAGCAAGUCGUGCGAGAGUUGCAGAGGCAAAAGACAUGGCGACACCUGUGAUCGCAGAGGAAAGUCCAAAUGCGUCAAGGCGUGCAUCUGCGACGCUUCAUGGACUGGAUCAAGCACCACUUCGACCUGAUCAGGCAACCCACUCGCGCACCGGAUCCGGUGGCUCAAAUCCCAAGCGGCGGAGUCUUGUCUCACCAACUCCCACCGAUAGCCCUGCCCGCUCUCCGGUCAUUGCUUCAACAGCCCAUUUACGCUUUCCAUCUGCGGCAGAAAUAGAUGUUGCUAGUCCCGUUGGUGCUUCGACGUCGGAGAUUCCAAGCCCUACGAAAGAUUAUACUAUGCGAGAAGAAGACAUCGCCCAAGCCAUCGUCACCAGCCCCGAAAGAGACGUAGCGAAGCUGGCAGGGCAGGAAAAAGAGUCCCAGGCUGCGUUCCUUGAGCAGACCAGAGAGUUCACUGCACCAAAUCCAGCCAUACCGCGUGAUAGAUCAGAGUCACCAUCGAAAGGACGUGUUCGCGACUUGGCUGGGAAGUUCGAUGCUGAAUCGAGAAGAAACUCGGUACAGUCGGUCUCUUCGAACAAGAGCGCCAAACAAGACACAACAGUGCAUUCCACAGAUGCAAGGCCAGCACCUGCUCGCGAAGAAAGCUUCCGACCUAAACUUCCCGGACAGUGGGAAUCAUAUGUGUCUACUCCUGGUCUAGCCACCCCGAGCGAGCCGGAAAAGCAACUUCAGAAUGCGCCGGAAGACAAACAUGAUGCCAAUGCUGUCGACUUGGAAGCGACAUCUCCAAAGUGGACUGAAACACCGGAGGGCAACGUCACAAGCCCAAGCGAUGCGAUGUCUGCACUAGCUGCAGCAGGUGCCGCCAUGGGAGAGUCUAUCAAAGCAGCCGCAGGCUUCGGUAGCUCUGAGGAGACACCCAAAAGUAGAGAUAUCGGUGAGGUGCAAAGUCGACCACUGGGACCUCAACGCAUCGAGUCGAACUUGACCGAGUCCACGAUUGCACCAACACCUCCGCCGAAGGAUAUUGACGAUGAGAGCCAGAGUGAAAGUUCCAAUGAGAUUCGGCCAGUGCCCCCGCUAAAAAGCCGUGAAGCUACACCUGUCCCUGACAUGCUCCCUCCUAUAUCGACUGCCGAACAGUCUGUCAGCGUGCCGCGCCUAAGCACCGAUAACUCGCCGAACGAUGAAGAAAGCGAUCGUCUACGGAAAGAGAUUGUGCAGACUCUGAGUCCCAUCGCCUCCGAGAGCCCCCAAGCCGCCAAGUUGGCCCAAAAACUGGCUGCUCCCGAGGCUGCAUUGUCUCGAGAUAGUUCUGUUCUUCCAGCCGAGUACGACUCUUUCUGGGGAGGGCCAGGAGGCGCUGACACUUAUCCAUUCAGAAAUGUCACAUCGAAGCCUACCUCGCCGGAGACAACUGUGGAAGCUCCCGUAGUGGAGAAAGCCGUGGAGCUGGACGCCUCAACAGGACCUGGCUAUCUAGAUCGACGCUUCUCGUGGGAAAAGCCCGCGCCGAAGCCCUCGGGGUCUGCCCCGAUCGCAUUGCCUACAGAGACAUCCCCGGCCGCUCCGAUUCCUACUUCGACCAAUUCACCACUUCCGCCACCUCCGGCUAACAUUGCUGCAAGUGAUGUGAGCACGCCUGACACCACCGGACCCGUCGUCAACAGAGGCCUGCAUGUUUUGAAUACUGAGAACCCCGAAGCAAUUGAGGAGCCGACGUAUGGUAGACCAAGUGCGGAAAUGUCAAAGGUAUCCAGUCUUCAGCAAGAUGAACCAAUCGAGCCGACUGUGGAAGCUCAGCAGCCAUCAUUUUCUGGGCCGCCUGCGUCUGCCGCAGCAGUCGCUGAUCCAGGGCGCAUCCCGCCUUUCAGAGAGAUACUCGUUCUGAAGUCAGCUCAUGAGCGCACCGAAAAGUACGACUUAACUCGCAAGCAAUUUGCAGACAUGGAUACUGGCUUGCGUAACUGGCUGGAGAUCACACUAGCGGCGCGCCCAGAGCAUGCAGACGUCAGGAACAUCGCCAUCAGGGCACCGAAUGUUCCAGCAGCGGUUCCUUCGUCAGCACGGCACCGACAUGCGCCGUCGCUCAGUGUUUUCAGCAAGAUGAACCAAGUUGCUACCUCCAGCAAGCCCUCAUUCUCACACCAGCCAUCAACCAACUCGCCAUCGAGCCCGGCCGUGGCUGCAGGCUCACCUGUGAGUGCUGCCCACACCGGAACGUCUAGUCCUUCUGGUGGCGCGAAGGUCCAGGCAAAGGGCAAAGAACUGUUACAGACUGCGGGUAUAUUUGGCGGAAAGGCAACGACAAGUGCCAGGGGUCUGUUUGCGAAGGGGAAGAGCCGGCUCAAGGGAGGCGGCGAGAAGGUGGUGGACUGAUUUAAUGGCCGCAGCUAUCAUAUAUGCCAACUUUCCGACGUUUCUCCUUGUUCCUCUGUUACUUGUCUCGUAUGCGCAAGGCGGCUGAUGAUGAAGCUGGUGAUAAUGAUGAGGGUGAUUUGUGACAUAUAAAUUGAGCACAGCCAGCACACAGAUCGGCGGGUGCACGAUGUUCCCCUGCAUAUAUUGGCGAUGAUGACAAGACUGUUUUUAGGUGUAUGUAUAUAUAUACACACAC